GCUAACAGAUAGGACACGUGAAGCUAAAAUCAUAACUAUUUGUAUAUCAUAACUAUUGUUUGAAAGAUGAAUUCGAGAACACAGGCGAGAAGAAUACCCGAAGUGGAACCACGCAUAGAUUACGUUCAGUGUGAUGGAUUAGUUGUUAUGAAAAUGGUGAAGCACUGUCACGAAGAAUCUUUGAAUAACAUGGAUGUUGCUCAAGGCGCUCUUCUCGGCUUGGUCGUUCAAAACCGUUUAGAGAUUACAAAUUGUUUUCCAUUCCCUAAGAAUGAUGAGAUUAUGGAUGAAGAAGAAUAUCAGCUUGCCAUGAUGCGUCGUCUCAGAUGGGUCAAUGUUGAUCACUUCCAUGUCGGUUGGUACCAGAGUGCAGAUGUUGGAAACUUUUUGAAUGUUUCACUGUUGGAAUCGCAAUAUCACUAUCAGACUUCCAUAGAAGAAUCUGUGGUUCUUAUAUAUGAUACUGCCAAAUCAGCCAGGGGUUUCUUGACACUGAAAGCAUAUAGACUUACUCCCCAAGCUAUUCAAAUGUACAAGGAAGGUGAAUUUACACCUGAAGCUCUAAGGACCUUGAAAAUUGGUUAUGAAAACCUGUUCAUUGAGAUACCAGUUGUAAUAAAGAAUAGUAAUCUGACGAAUAUAAUGAUGUCUGAACUGGAAGAGAUGAUCCCCGAGGAGGAGGGUACCAAAUACUUAGACCUGGGAACAGCUACUGUUUUGGAAAAUCAGCUACGUUGUAUGAUGGAUCGUGUAGACGAAUUGAAUCAAGAAGCUAUGAAGUUUAAUAGGUACCAACAGUUAGUUGUUCGUCAACAACAAGAGAAGAACAGGCUUUUGGCCAAGAGGGCUCAAGAGAAUGCAGCCAGGGCUGCUAAAGAUGAGCCUCCAUUACCAGAUGAUGAUAUUAAUAAAUUGAUGAGGCCUGUACCUGUUCCACCAAGACUAAACCCCAUGAUUGUAGCUGGACAGAUUAAUACAUACAGUGAGCACAUUUCUCAAUUCUGUGCUCAGAGUUUAGCAAAAUUGUAUAUUACUCAAAGCCUUCAGAAUGCAAAGGAGUCAAAAUCUUUGCACUGAAGGAAUAGUAACAACAAUUGAAACGUCUGUAAUAUUAAACGUCAUAUGUGAUGUUAAAAAGUAAAAAAUCAUAAAAUUUUCUCCAAGUAUGGUCAAUACUUAUUUUUCCUCUACAUUAAAUAUC